AUGGCUCCCUCCAGCAAGAAUGCCGGUCCCAAGGACCGCCGCAAGUCGGACAAGCAGGACAGAGUAGACAAAAUCGAAGACAGCUCAUCGCAGUCAUCACUCGUCGUCACGCUCAAGGUGCCUGCCAAGAGGCUCAAGGCACUGUUUGAGUCGACGCCCGAUCCCUCUACCAAAGAGGAGUCGCCGGCUAAGGACUCGCCGGCCACCAGCGCAACGCUCCAGGCUACUGCACCCUCCAAUGCCGACAAUGCCUCCGACUCUACACCCAACACCCCGGCUGCAGGUGGCACGCCCGCCCCUUCAUCAACAAUGGGCCCUCCGGUUGAGGGUCCCAAGAAGAAGGGCGUCAAGCGAUCGGCCGCCGGAGCCAACGGAAGCAGUGAUCCUCUGGCUAAGGUUCGAGGCAAGCCUGGCCCCAAGAAGAAGCAACGACUUGACGACGGCACCAUCGACCCCAAUCGUUCGGGUGGCCUCGGUGCCUCCCACAAGCUCGGCCCCAAGGCCAACCAGGGUGCUAUCAACGCCGGCCUCCGCGCCCUCGACCGCUCUGGCAAGCCUUGCCGUAAAUGGGCCAAGGGCAACUUCACCCUCAAGAGCUUCACCGGUGUCAUCUGGGAGAUUCCCCGCUGGACUGCACCUCCCAAGCCCACCCCCGAGGAGCCAGCCGUUGAGGAGUCGGCUUCGGCCUCGGCUGAGGGCAGCAACAAAGAAAACAAGGAGAACGACCAAGUCAAGAGCGACCCCAGCAACAGCGGCGGUGAUGUCGAGAUGCAGAGUGCUCCUCCCAGCAUCCCUGCAAGCUCUCCCGCACCUAUUGCUAUUCCUGCCGCCUCUUAG